AUGCCGAAAUUGAAGAAAAUUUCGGUUGAGGUUUGCGCCGCCGGGGGUAUACUUACUUCCCUAGGCACAGAGAUCGGUUUAGACUCUACUCUUUAUAUAAUAAUUGACCAACACGUACAUCGGGACAGGAGAGGAGACGAGUGUCUGGUUCCAGAAGCUACGACAAUCGUCUAUCUUCCGUGGCAUGUCAGGGCGGAAGAGCGGUUGAUGGAUAGUAGUAUUACCAGUGAUGGUAAUGGAAAAGCCAUUGAAAGACUUUGGUAUUUCCAAGAAGUUGGCUUGGAGAAUUUUGUCAAGACUCUUUCAAUGAGUGAUCCUGGCGCUAGCAUUGAAAGGGCCCCCACUGGGGAAACCGCUUCGGAUGUUGCGGAAAGCGACCUCCUAGAGAUGAUGCAGAAUCUUAGGACCGAAAAGAGCAAACAAGAGCCACUUAUUGCAAAGCAUGGUCAGAUCAGAGUGGAAUUGAGGAAAAUACGCAUUGUUGGCUCUGGAAAUCCUAAAGAUCAAGCCCCAAUCGCUCACGAAAGUAAACAAACGAAUGUGGGAGAUUCUAGUCAUAUGAUCCAGAUUGGAGAGGCACUCCCUGUUAAGUUCGGUAAAAGGCGACAUCUUUAUAAAUUUCUUGAGGAAGAUAUCUAUGCAAGAUUUGUAUUCAAUUAUCGAUCAGCCGAACAUUUGAAUAAAAUGAAAUUGAUUCAAACGGGGAGGGGAACUCGCCGAGGCGUGGAGGAUCUGGUGCAGUUUUUGAGGCCACUUGCAUUCAAUGAACACGCCAAACAAUCAGAGCUGUCUGAACCGCCGGGGGAGUCGAAGAAACGCUCUACCAUGGCUAAGCCCUUGUGUAAGCCGAAUGAUCAGGGCUUGAAGGGUCAGCAUAUUACGGAGCUCUCUCUCAGAGAAGCAUACACUGUUUGGAAGCCAAUAAGCAAGCUGGCGGCACCACUUGGAUCCUCGGGAUUUGAAACUAGUUCCCUUCGCCCUAAGAGUUUGGAGGGAGGCAAUAGAUGCCUCGAGAAACCAGCCCCCAGUGUUAUGAAUUCCAACCCUCAUAUUACUGAGCAUGACAGGGGGGAAGAUGCAGGUGAAAUAGUCUGUGAGUCGAACGAUUUUGGUGGCGAAUAUUACGAACCUCUUGCGAGUAUUGGUGGAUCCGGGCCGGUGACCACGGACAAUUUUAAGCCCGAAGGGAGUUUCUUCCCUGCUUUUGGUACCAGUGACUUAUUAAGCUCCCCGUUAGCAUGGGCUCCAAAUCUCUAUCAUCCGCUCAGCCAGGAUACGGAACCUAGGGGCAAUUAUACGACCGGUAACUCCACACAUCGUGGUAUUGGACGUUCUGGGAGUGUUCGUCGUCGAGAUAAGCCCGAAAUUGUGGUCCAAACGCAAGUCUUAGCUGUACCUUCAUACCAAGGCGCUCAGGUGACAAAAAGAAUGGAGUAG